AAACUUUCUUAAAAUUCGCCUCAACGUUGAAACGCUGCCGUUUAGAGUGAUGCGAAGGGAGUGGAGUAUUUCAAAACCUCGGAAAGUUUCAUUCUAGGGCAAUCCAGCCCACUUUUACUCACACAAAGAGCUCUCUCUCCCUUAAAAAGCAGCAAACUUAAUCACACAGAGAGCUUCGUCGCUACUACUUUUAGGGUUUUUGUUCUUCUUUGUUCCACUGACGCAAGUACAAGGUUUAUAGAUCUUCUUCAUCUAUCGAAGAGAAUGGGUCUUUCUACGCCGUAUGGUAUCCAAUCGAUGCUUAAAGAAGGUUACAGGCAUCUCUCCGGUCUAGACGAGGCGGUCAUAAAGAACAUCGAAGCUUGCAAGGAGCUCUCCACCAUUACUCGCACCUCUCUCGGCCCCAAUGGGAUGAAUAAAAUGGUUAUCAAUCAUUUGGACAAGCUGUUUGUCACAAAUGACGCUGCAACCAUUGUGAAUGAACUGGAGAUUCAGCACCCGGCUGCGAAAAUCCUGGUUCUAGCUGCCAAAGCUCAGCAGGAGGAAAUCGGAGAUGGAGCCAAUCUCACCAUCUCUUUUGCUGGCGAGCUUCUUCAAAACGCCGAAGAGCUUAUCAGGAUGGGGCUGCAUCCGAGUGAGAUCAUCAGUGGAUAUAAUAAAGCGACCAAUAAGGCUGUUGAACUUCUUGGACAGCUGGUUGAGAGUGGUUCUGAGACCAUGGAUGUGCGUAACAAGGAUGAAGUUGUGUUUCGAAUGAGAGCAGCUGUUGCCAGCAAGCAGUUUGGGCAAGAGGAGAUAAUAUGCUCUUUAGUUGCUGAUGCAUGCAUUCAAGUCUGCCCAAAGAACCCAACAAACUUCAAUGUGGACAAUGUCCGUGUUGCCAAGCUUUUGGGAGGUGGCUUGCAUAAUUCUUGCAUAGUCCGUGGGAUGGUCUUGAAAAGUGAUGCUGUUGGGAGCAUAAAACAAAUGGAGAAGGCAAAGGUUGCUGUCUUUGCUGGUGGCGUUGAUACUUCUGCAACAGAGACAAAAGGAACUGUCUUGAUCCACAGUGCUGAGCAGCUGGAAAACUAUGCCAAAACGGAGGAAGCCAAAGUUGAGGAGUUAAUAAAGGCUGUUGCUGAAUCAGGGGCCAAAGUCAUUGUUAGUGGCGGACCUGUUGGAGAAAUGGCCUUGCACUUCUGUGAGCGUUACAAGAUAAUGGUCUUGAAAAUUAGCUCAAAGUUCGAACUAAGGCGUUUCUGCAGGACAGCUGGAGCUGUCGCUCAUUUGAAGCUAAGCCGGCCAAGCCCUGAUGAUUUGGGCUAUGUUGACUCUAUAUCAGUAGAGGAAAUUGGUGGUGUGACAGUCACUAUUGCAAGAAACGAGCAAGGUGGUAAUUCAAUAUCUACAGUGGUUCUGCGUGGAAGCACAGAUAGCAUUUUGGACGACCUUGAAAGAGCUGUUGACGAUGGAGUUAAUACGUACAAGGCCAUGUGCAGAGACAGCCGCAUCGUUCCUGGGGCUGCUGCCACUGAAAUAGAAUUGGCUCAGAGACUGAAGGAAUAUGCCAAUGCAGAAACCGGGUUAGAUAAGUAUGCUAUCUCCAAAUACGCAGAGAGUUUCGAGUUUGUACCAAAAACACUUGCGGAUAAUGCCGGACUCAAUGCAAUGGAAAUCAUAGCGUCUCUCUACACUGGACACGGAUCUGGAAACACAAAACUAGGCAUUGACUUGGAGGAAGGUGCUUGUAAAGAUGUCUCCGAGACAAAAGUAUGGGAUCUGUUUGCAACCAAGUUAUUUGCUUUGAAGUAUGCUUCUGAUGCUGCAUGCACGGUGCUUCGUGUAGACCAGAUUAUAAUGGCGAAACAAGCCGGUGGACCAAGGAGAGACGCUGCAGCAGCCGCAGGUGCAGGCGCAGAGGAAGAUUAAGCUUGUAGAACAAUUACCUCGUAGUGAAUCUCUCUUCUUCUUUUGUAACCUUUUUUUUUCUUAAAUCCUGGGAAAAUUUUUGUAUUUUUGUCAUCUUGUGUACACACACCCCCAACUUAAGUUUUUUUCUUUUGGACCUUUUGGUUUGCCAUGUUCGUCCCAACUUCAAAUUUCCCUGCUUAGCUAAAUGAAAUUAUUGUGAAGGUUUUAGUUUUUUAAUGUGAGCCAAUGAAAAGACUCCUAUCCGGUUAUUGACCUGGUUCCCCCACUUACUAUCAAAGUCAAAAUUGUG